CUCCCAACGUCGCCCGCGGAGCACAUCACCAGUGUGAUAUUGGCUGGCUGCUUGCAUCAGCCAUACACAGGCAUCGUCGUCCCCAGCCGCCCUCUCAUUGGCCUCUCUGUCGAACGAUGCUUUCUUUCGCAUGCUCCACUACACUGACAAGUCGUCUCGUUGCCCCCAACCAUGCGGUGGGCGGCACGAGUAACACGGCAUCUCGUGUGGCUUUCCACGAAUCCACCAGACGGGAAGGGCUGGAGAGCGAAGGAAGAGAGGGUAGUGGCCCGCAACCAGCGGCCUCGCGUUGGCCUCAAAGGACGGCCGCUCAAGCCAUAUAAUGGAAGCCUCCCAUCUUCCCUUUCCGUCUUCCUUUUCUCUUCCUCUUCUUCAGCAAGCUUUCAAACAACUAAUUUCAGUUUCUCGUUUUCCUCCUACCCCCGUUUGUUCUUCUUUCUUUCCAUAGAGCCGGUCUCUAUCUUAAUUCACACUCCAAACUAAUACCCAGCCUUUUCAAAACACCAUCACCAAAGUUGCCGGUCAACUUGUUACCCCCCAAAUAAACGGAAAUCUGGAAUUUCUUGCUCAUCACGCACAUUAUUGACCAAUCGUCAUCUAAUCGCAGCACCUCUUGUCAAAAAAACGCAAUAAUGUCGUCCACUCAACUCUCCUUCUCCCUCCGUGUUUCCUCUGGUGUCAAGACCGUUCAUCUGCUCGGCUCUUGGGACAACUACGUCGGCCAGCUUCCCCUCUCGAAGGACAAGUCUUCAUCCAAGUCCGGCUCGUGGAAGGGCACCUUCAAGUUCGGCGGCUCCACUCUGUCUGCCGGCCAGCGCUACUGGUACUACUACAUCAUUGACGGCUACCACGUCGCCCACAACCCCAGCGUAGCCUCCACCGUUGAGCCCACCACCGGCCGCGAGCUGAACAUCCUCGACCUGCCGUCCAGCGGAAAGUCGUCGAGCAAGUCGAGCUCAAAGUCCAGCAGCUCCAGCAGCUCUAAGUCGUCCUCCAAGUCCUCUUCCCACUCCUCGUCUCGCAGCUCCCGCCACUCCUCCAAGGACAAGGAUAGCAAGUCCAGCCGCCACCGCUCCUCGUCUCGCGACAUCCCCAAGGGUCGCCCCCUGUCCGUCUCCCAGAUCAAGGCCCCCAAGCCCAUGUCGCCCCACGCCACCCAGCACAUCCUCAACAGCGACUACUGCGACGACGAGACCAUCGAGGAGCUCACCGCCCGCUUCGGCGCCGCCGGCUUCGACGAGGAGGACAUCGUCACCGACUUCUCCAGCUCCCCCGUCUCAUCCACCGGCUCCAGCCUGUCCUACCGCUCCGACAACUCCAGCCCGAGCUCCUCCCUGUCCGGCUACAGCACCCCCGGCUCCGACGUCAGCACUUGCACCUGCGAGCGCUACGGCAUCACCCGCAAGGGCGACCGCGUCAAGAUCGACUGCGGCGGCGCCCGCUGCGGCUACGACGACAGCUCCGACUGCUCCGACUCCGAGGAGGAGGAGGAGUACGUCCCCUCCACUCGCCGCCACGGCAUUGUCGUGCGAUGAAGAGCCCAAUCCUGUCCUGGGAAGGGACCACCGAGAGAAAAAUACGAAGAAGAAGGCCCUACGUGGCCGUACAUUCAUUUCGUCGCGCGAUGCUGCCCCGUCGCUGCCGUCCGCCUCUAUGACGGCAGCGAGCCGGCGCUCGCCGACGGCUAAUCAUUGCAUCCACCGAGGGAGCGGUGCGGCCGAGCCGGUCUCGGCACGCCCGCCCCCUCGUUCCCAAUGGGUCGAUGCUGCGACCCCGCGCCGCGGCCGCCUGUCCGGGCCGCGCGUGAACUCCCGUUUCGUUUGUCACGUCUCCACACUGACAACAACGGAGCAUCCUCGCAUCCCUCCGUUCAAGGGAGAAUGCGGGACCGAGACUCCAGGGGAUGGAAAAGGAGUGUGCGGCAGCAAUAGCAGCAGAUGCACCCACUGUCUCUGCCGCCUCCGCCGCCGCCGUCGCUGCUCCUGGGGAUGGACUAUUUUCGCGGCCCUGGGCUGGGCUUUGGAAGGCCCGGGCAAGCCGCCCCAUGUAGACAGCGAAGCUACCGCCACAGGCGGAUUGGGUAGAUGCCUCUUGAAUCUAUUCAUCAAUGAACACAACCAAAA